UCCUCGCCCCGAUCUGCCCGCGGAUUUCCCCCACGCAGUCUCCGGAGCUUCGGAUCCCGGCGCUCACCUUCCCCUCGCAACAGCAGCGGCCGGGGCACCGGGUGGAGGGGGCUCCUCGGGCGGCCCCCGCGGAAAAACCGUCGCGCCGUCACGUCCUCGGGCGAAGCUGUGUCGGAAGAACCGGGGGCGGGCAGGGGGGACACGGGCUCUGGAUGGAGCGAUCGGUGCCCUCCGCGUCUGCUCAGCGGAGCGAGUAGGUUCCCGGCGUCCUUCCCGCGGCGGAGCAGGCCUUGGAUGCGAAGGAAACAUUAGGAGAUGCAGAAAUGUUUGUGCAUAUUUUCAAAUGGGAUUUUGGAUGUACUGCAGAACAUGUACACUGAUGAGCCUGUUUAGCCACAGCAAAGGCUUAGAAAAACUACCAAGGAUGAGGUCCUGUGCCAAAUCAAUGCUUCCAGCUCAGUGGCUGUUCCUGGCAUAUGCGUUAAUGGUGUGCUGUAAAUUGUUGUCCGCGACCAGCCACCAUCCCCGGGGGCACCCAGGUCACCAUCAAGUAAAACAAGGGACUUGUGAAGUGGUUGCAGUGCAUCGGUGCUGCAACAAGAACAGGAUCGAGGAACGGUCACAGACUGUCAAGUGCUCAUGCUUCCCAGGGCAGGUGGCUGGCACGACGAGAGCGCAGCCCUCCUGUGUCGAAGCUGCCAUUGUCAUUCAGAAGUGGUGGUGUCAUAUGAAUCCCUGUCUGGAAGGAGAAGAAUGUAAAGUGCUUCCAGAUUAUUCAGGUUGGUCGUGCAGCAGCGGAAACAAAGUUAAAACUACUAAGCCUGCUGUAGGAUGGCUUUUUGGAUUCCCAGUGAUAGUGGAAGAGCAGAUUAAGACCAAACCGUUCUUACAGCACAAACAAGCAAAUGUUGAUGCGCUUCACAUAAAAAUGUGGGCUCACAUGGAAGUAUUUAAUGUGUCAGUUGAACAUGGACAGGUUGAAAAACAAGUGUAUUCAAAAGCAAAUGGACCCAUGAAGGUUUUGGAGGCUACAUAUCCCAGGUGA